UUCGGGGGCUUUCCGCGGUUGAGGGGCAGUUAUGACGGUGGCUUAGGAAUGUUCUCUUGGCUGUCCUUUCAGGGGGCAGAGGGUAACUCUGCAGGAGAGCUGGCUCCUGCCUUUGCGCGGAAGAGGACUCAUUCCCGAGAUUACGCGUAACCCGGCUAAGCCCCAGCCAAGUGACUGUCCGCUCUGGAGGCCUGGCCACUGCACCGGCUGCUGGAACUUCUGGAAGACCGCCUUCUAGCCACCGAGUUGGUGCCACAAAAGGAGAGCUGUAAGAAGUUGGAUGUAGAAUUGCUUCCAUGAUUGACUUCCUAUACAAAUCUGUAGUUUCCUGAUUCUUCUUCACAACCUGUAAUCAUGGACUUAUUUAUAUGACCUUUCAAGACCACAACACAUCAACUGGCCAUCUUCUCAGGAGAUUGACCAACAGAAGUAAAUUAUAGACUGACUUGGAAAACACUCCCAUGGACUUGAUCUUGGCAGUUAAUGGCAUACUGUCUUACAGUAUUAUUUAAACAUUUCAUAUUGCUUACUUUUCUUUCUUUUUCCUCGAAGACUAGUUAGUCACACUGGAUAUGCUGCUCUUCUUUAUUUUGGGAUUGUUCGUACAUUUUGUGUUCUUCGGCUCCAUCUUCGAUAUUUAUUUUACCUCUCCUUUGGUUCAUGGAAUGACUCCUCAGUUUACACCAUUGCCUCCUCCAGCAAAAAGAUUAGUACUGUUUGUUGCGGAUGGCCUGCGGGCAGAUACACUUUACGAAUUAGAUGAAAAUGGAAAUUCGAGAGCACCAUUUAUUAGGAAUAUCAUAAUGCAUGAAGGCAGCUGGGGCUUAUCUCAUACCCGUGUGCCAACUGAGUCUCGACCAGGUCAUGUGGCCCUGAUCGCUGGGUUUUAUGAAGAUGUCAGUGCAGUUGCCAAAGGGUGGAAGGAAAAUCCUGUGGAAUUUGAUUCUCUUAUUAAUGAGAGCAAGUACACAUGGAGCUGGGGAAGCCCUGAUAUCUUGACUAUGUUUGCCAAAGGUGCUUAUGGAGACCAUGUUUUUACAUAUACCUAUGAUGCUGACAGUGAAGAUUUUGGUGCCCAUGAUGUAACAAAACUGGAUACUUGGGUUUUUGAUAAAGUUAAGGAAUUCUUUCAUGCUGCCAGAAACAACCAGUCUUUGUUUUCUAAACUAAAUGAAGAAAAAAUAGUUUUUUUCUUACAUUUAUUAGGAAUAGAUACAAACGGACAUGCUCACCGACCAUCAUCAAGGGAAUAUAAGGACAAUAUUAAACUAGUGGAUGCAGGAAUGAAAGAAAUGGUGUCCAUUCUUGAACACUUUUAUGGAAAUGAUGGGAAAACGGCAUUUAUCUUUACCUCUGACCAUGGAAUGACAGACUGGGGUUCCCAUGGGGCUGGUCAUCCUUCAGAGACUUUAACUCCUUUUGUCACUUGGGGAGCUGGAAUCAAGUAUCCCCAAAAAGUAUCAGCUCAGAAAUUUGAUGAUGCAUUUUUGAAAGAAUGGAGAUUAGAGAGCUGGAAGAGGCAAGAUAUCCAUCAGGCUGAUAUUGCACCAUUGAUGGCUUCUCUUAUUGGAGUUCCCUUUCCCCUUAAUUCAGUGGGCAUCCUUCCUGUAGAUUAUCUUAACAACACUGAUCUCUUCAAAGCAGAGAGUAUGUUUACAAAUGCAAUACAGAUUCUCGAACAAUUCAAGGUGAAAAUGACUCAGAAAAAAGAAGUUACUUUACCGUUUUUGUUUAUACCAUUUAAGUUGCUUCCUGAAUCUAAACAGCUAAACAUUGUAAGAAAAGCAAGAUCUUACAUAAAACAGAGAAAGUAUGAUGAAGCAGUCUCCCUUUGCAAGGAGCUGAUUCAUCUUGCAUUGAAAGGAUUGUCCUAUUAUCACACUUAUGACAGAUUCUUCUUGGCCAUCAAUGUUGUUCUUGGUUUUUUGGGAUGGACAUCUUACGCUUCUUUGUUGAUCAUCAAGUCUCAUUUUAACCUUACUAGAGGUGUUAAUAAAGAAGUUAAGAAACCAAGCCACCUCCUGUCAUGUAGUUGUAUAGCUAUUGGUGUUUUUGUAGCAUUUUUCCUGCUGCUUCAAGACUGUCCCUGGACUUAUUACAUAUAUUGUUUGUUGCCAGUGCCAAUAUGGUAUGCGGUUCUAAGCGAGUUUCAAGUUAUUCAAGACUUUGUCACAUUACUGUUGACCGUUCCUCCAAGUUAUUUUGUUGGAUACCUGUUAGUCUUUAUCCUGGGAAUUGAAAUAUUAGUUCUCAGUUUUUUCUACCGCUACAUGCUUACAGCUGGACUUCUUGCAUUUGCGGGUUGGCCAUUUAUCACCCAGCUAUGGACUCGAGCAAAGAGCAUCUCACUGAGUUGGAUUUUCUUCUCUUUGCUCCUGGCAGCGUUCCCACUGAUGCCCGUUGUAGGACGAAAGCCAGAUAUCUUUCUAGUAAUGGGCGCAGGCUUGCUGGUUCUUCUGCUAUCCCUGUGUGUUUUAACAUCUCUCAUAAAAAGAAAAGACAGUUUUAUAAAUGAAGAGCUAUUGUUACAUCUAUUUCAGAUGCUGAGCGUAGUGCUUUCUAUGUGUGUUACGUAUAGCACCCACAGCAGUCUACGCAAGAAGCAAGGACUGCCUCUUCUUAAUCAGAUCAUUAGCUGGCUAAUAUUAGCCUUUUCCCUCGUCCUGCCACUGCUGAGUCCCACAAGUCUCUUCGAGCGGUUGUUUAGCAUUCUUCUUUCCUUGAUGUCAACCUACAUACUGCUAAGCACAGGGUACGAAGCUCUCUUUCCAUUAGUAUUGUCAUGCUUAAUGUUUGUCUGGAUACAGGUGGAACAAGAAACCCUGCAGCAACGUGGUAUUUCCUGCAAACAGAAGGUCACCAGUGUCCGGUUCACCUGCAGUACUGAUAUAACCCAGUUCCGACAGCUCUAUCUGGAUGACGUCCGGAGGGCCUUUUUCCUUGUUUUCUUCUUAGUGACAGCAUUUUUUGGAACUGGGAACAUAGCUUCUGUUAACAGCUUUGAUCUUGCCUCUGUCUAUUGCUUUCUGACCGUGUUUAGUCCUUUUAUGAUGGGAGCCCUGAUGAUGUGGAAGAUUUUAAUCCCCUUCGUUCUUGUGAUGUGUGCUUUUGAAGCAGUUCAGUUAACUACGCAGUUAUCAUCAAAAAGCCUUUUUCUCAUGGUUCUCGUCAUAUCAGACAUUAUGGCUUUGCAUUUUUUCUUCUUGGUCAAGGAUUAUGGCAGCUGGCUUGAUAUUGGAACAAGCAUCAGCCACUACGUGAUUGUCAUGUCCAUGACCAUCGUUCUGGUGUUUCUCAACGGCCUGGCCCACCUGCUCACGACAAAGAAACUCAGACUCUGUGGCAAACCCAAAAGCCACCUCAUAUGAUGUUGCCCAAGCCAUCAUUCAACAUCUGGAUCCUGCUUCCCGUUCUCCUUUUACACUAAACUCUUAUCAAGGAUUCAGUAAGAAAAUGGACAUUGAUAUACAGCAUAUUCUGCUCCUACAGAGAAAAAGACAUGCGGAAGUCUGAGUUUACAGGUUAUCUGCAAUAAAGGAGCUUCCAUUUUCUUGA